UCCGAUUUGCAGCGCAGGGUCCACGCGGUGGUUGCUGAUCGAGGUCGUCUGUUUGGUGAUCACCUCCCCUCGGCCAAACCCCGGAGCAGACCCGCAACGCUCGCGCUUGUCAGCCAAGAGCCAAUCAGAAUUGGGUAGGCCUGUGGCCACUUGGACUUAAGGCCGAAUAGUUUGCUCUGUAAUUGGACGAACCUCCUGACAAUCAGGGCGGAGCCAACGAAGACUCGGCCAAUGGCUGGAGGCAGCCAGGUCAGACCAGCGACUAACUGUAGGUGCGGUGGUCGUUAGACUGUUGGAGGGCAGCACCGGACAUCCUAACUGUCCUCAGGCCCACGGCGUCUGGCGCCCGCCGGCGGCCCACCUCGUCAUGUCAGGCACUGCUUGGCUUUAGUUCUUCAGGCCUCCGCCCACCCGCCUACCCGAAGCCGCGCCCACCGCCCAGAGCCAGAGGGAUGGUGGUAGUCACCGGGCGGGAGCCAGACAGCCGUCACUCGGACGGUGCCAUGUCCAGCUCCGAAGCCGAAGACGACUUCCUGGAGCCAGCCACUCCUACGGCCACGCAAGCGGGGCACGGGCUGCCCCUGCUGCCCCAGGAGUUUCCCGAGGUCGUUCCCCUUAACAUUGGAGGGGCUCACUUUACCACGCGCUUAUCUACUCUGCGGCGCUAUGAAGACACCAUGCUGGCUGCCAUGUUCAGCGGGCGGCAUUACAUCCCUACAGACUCUGAGGGUCGGUACUUCAUUGACCGAGACGGCACACACUUUGGAGAUGUGCUGAACUUCCUGCGUUCUGGGGACCUGCCACCCCGGGAGCAUGUGCGAGCUGUGCACAAAGAGGCCCAGUACUAUGCCAUUGGGCCCCUCCUGGAGCAGCUGGAGAACAUGCAGCCACUGAAGGGCGAGAAGGUGCGCCAGGCCUUCCUGGGGCUCAUGCCCUAUUACAAAGACCAUUUGGAGCGGAUCGUGGAGAUUGCCCGGCUUCGCGCAGUACAGCGGAAGGCCCGCUUUGCCAAGCUCAAAGUCUGCGUCUUCAAGGAGGAGAUGCCCAUCACCCCCUAUGAGUGUCCGCUCCUUAACUCCCUCCGCUUUGAGCGGAGUGAGAGUGAUGGACAGCUCUUUGAGCACCACUGUGAAGUGGACGUGUCUUUUGGGCCCUGGGAGGCGGUGGCUGAUGUGUACGACCUCUUGCACUGCCUGGUCACUGACCUCUCAGCCCAGGGCCUCACGGUGGACCACCAGUGUAUCGGGGUGUGUGACAAGCACCUUGUCAACCACUACUACUGCAAACGCCCCAUCUAUGAGUUCAAAAUCACAUGGUGGUGAGUUGUCCUGGAAAGCAGGAGUCCCACAAAGGAGGAUGACCAUCCUCUUGGGUGGCUCUGGGAGUCUGAUCCCCACAGGGGCUGCUGACUGUUCCAGAAGCUGCUGAGGUAAGGACAGAGCGCGGAGGCACAGAUGCAGAGAGAGGCCCGGGAGCUUGCUGCAGUCUCCUUGGUUCGUGUACCUUGGGCACUCGGUCUGUUCUCACCUGGUCUUCUUUUCAAGGCCUUGCAGUCUUCACUGGAAGCCACAAGAUCUAGUAAGGAUGUCACUGGGAGUCCAGAGAGCUCUUGAUACCUUCUUGACGCCCUGCAGGAAAGCUCCUGCCCCGUCCCUGAUGGAGAGAUAUCAUCACUGCCUCAUGCUGUUUGAACCUUCCCAUGCUCAGUGUGUCAGGCAGGAUAAGGAGUGAGCUAGGGGAUUUACCCAAGCCAUCUGCCCUGUGUCCCUGGCCAAAGAAGAAAGCAUAUGUCUCCUCCCAGUGUGCUCCUUGCCCUUCCAGUGACUUGCAGUACCUAGUCUUAGGAUGCAGAAAGAUAGGUCCCGUGCUCCCAGAACAUGUCUGUCACCUUCUCUUGGAGAUUAACCAUAGCUGCCAAAGCCAUGUACCAAGUUGGGCCUUAGAAAAACCACAAUGUUUACAGCCCAGCCCUGGAGCUUUGGCUUAUCCCUUCUUUGCAGGGUAACCCUCUCACAGGUCUGGAAUGUUAAGUUCUAAAGGUUCUUAAGGUUCCCCAAGUCAGGCAGUCAAGGAGCCUGGACCCUCUUGACAUGUAGGAUCCCCCUCAGAUGCCAGGAACACAGGGCCUUGCUGCUGAGCCUUAUGUUGGGAGCCAGUGUGGUGAACCUCCCUGGGAGGGAUGCUCUCUCUCUUGGAUAGUUUUUGUUCAGGGUGGUGGGGACUUGCUCUGCAGUCAGGGGCAACUAAGAGUACAACAUGUACCCCCUAAAGAAAGAGCUGUGUGGCAUUCCUCAGAGCAUUGCCUGUCCAGGCUGCACUAUGGGAGCUGUGUGGCAUUCCUCAGAGCAUUGCGGUUGCAGGCCGCACUAUGGGAGCUGUGUGGCAAUCCUCAGAGCAUUGCCGGUCCAGACCGCACUAUGGGAGCUGUGUGGUAUUCCUCAGAGCAUUGAGUGUCCAGGCCACACUAUGGGUUCUCAGUAGUCUUGGGUAUCCUUGACCAUUCCUGGAUAAAUUUUUUUUUUAAUGAAACUUUUUUUUUUUUAAAUGUAAGGAAUUGUUAAAGGGCAGCAUUGCCAAGCUCAGUCCUGUGGUGUAGUCAGUCAGGUAGGGGCUAAAGGUUUCCAUGUGCUUCUGAGGAAUAGAAGGCCUGGCCUUGUGGCCCUGAGCUAAAUUCCUCUGUGCAGCUGGAGGGCAGUGACUUUCCUGGGCUCUUGUGGAAACAAUGCAGUAUUGAACUUGUGUCUCACUCUGAGUGUAACAGAGCUAGAGGCUGGGCUCCAUGAGAGGGGAUGAGGGUCAGUCAUCUUCCAGGACACCUGCUCUCUCUCUCUCCUUCUCAGCAAACAAUUGCAUCUUCUGAGGUGCUGAUGCCCCUACCUGGAGCUUAGCCUGGGCCUAUGGCUCUGGCCUUGUUUCAGCAAAUAAUGUUCCUUAUUUCAACCGAUUUUUACUUUUUAUUUCUAUUUUUCGGAGAGGGUCUCGUGUAGCCCAGGCUGGCCUCAUAUUAGCUGUAGCACUAAGGAUGACCUUAUUCUCUUGACCUUCCUGCUUCUACCUCAGAAGCCCUGGGGGACACAGGCAUGUCCCGCCUCCUCACCUAGCUCUUGUGUUCACUGUUUGGAGAGCUAGUGAAGUACACUGUUCAGGAUGAUGUCCAUGUGGGUAGAAAGCAGACAAUUAAGCUGGGGGCCCUUAGUAAUCGAGCCUGAGGCUCUUUUCUUCCUGCUUUAGAAUAUUACAAUGCUUGGAAAAUUAGAGUCCACAAAUAUAAGAUGGAGAGAAAACUGAGCUGCUCAAAAAAUGGGCCCAGACUGCUUGCUUAAGGUUACAAGAUGCUGGGUAAAGAUGUCGUCUUUGUGACUUGUUGGAGCCACUGUUUUUCUCUCCCCCUUUUUAUUCUCAGGUUGCUAUGGUUUGUACCAUUGUGGCAAGAAAAAGCUCUAGGCUGCUGGGUACACAGAGAUGAGGCACAAGAUAGCCAGCUCAGAAGUCCCUCUUUUUUUGUUUUAGGUAGUUGGCUUGAUAUUUAUGGUUAUUAGGGGACAAACCAUGAUAGAAUCUUCUUGAGUGUUUUUUUCUAAAUAACAAAACCCUUUGCAUUUUUAAGCCAGCGACUUGUACACCGUCUUGCAGCACAGAAACUUUUCUUUGUACUACAAAAUAUAUUUACUAUAAUUCUAAUUCUCCCUUGACUAGCAAAAUAGAAAUAUGAAAUAAAGCAAUAUAUAUUGGGAUCUGGGAUGUGGUUCCAUGGUAGAAUAUCAACCUUGUAUAUACAAGGCCCUGGGUUCCCUCUUCAGCACCACCAAAAAAAAAAAAAAAUGUCAAAGUGUGUCUUUGCUAUUUGGGCUCUCUCAUUAGCCUUCUUUAUCCUCUCAGAACUUCUCUUAAAUGGAAUAAAAGAAUUCACAGCCUGCUUUGGCUCUCUAAUGAGAAGCCAAGGCCAGUUUGAAAUGCACUGUUGCAUGUGGUGACUGGGGAUGGCUUCAAAAUAAAAGGGUCAUAUCUGU